AUGGACCACGCAGACCCCUUUAUCCAAGUCCAAGCCGACGUGCUUUCGACACUUGGAACAACAAGGCCCUUGUUCUCAUCCUACCUCCGCAUCCGCUCUCUCGCAAAGUCCCCCUCAAACCCUGAGCUUCAACAAGCACGCUCCGAGCUCGAAACAACCCUCACAGACCUCACAGCCGAUCUAGACGACCUAGUCGAGAGUGUCCGAGCAGUCGAGCAAGAUCCCUACCGCUUCGGCCUCGAGAUCGAAGAGGUUUCGCGGCGGCGCAAGCUCGUCGACGAUGUGGGAAAUGAAAUCGAGGAGAUGAGGGCGGAGCUGGUGAAGGUCAUUACACAUGCCGACCAUGCCGAUGCGAGAGCUACGGGCUCCGGGCUCCCAAAUCCAGCGGAUUUUGACGACCACGAUGCCGAUGGCCAUGGGGAUGAUUACUAUGCGGAGAUGGAGCAGCAGCGGCAGAUGGAGCUUAUGCAUGAACAGGAUGAGCAGCUGGAUGGGGUGUUCCGGACGGUCGGGAACCUGAGACAGCAAGCGGAUGAUAUGGGGAGGGAGCUGGAGGAGCAGGCGGUUAUGAUUGGGGAGAUUGAUACACUCGCUGAUCGGGUUGGGGGGAAACUACAGAAUGGGAUGUCGAGGUUGAAGCAUAUCAUCAGGAAGAAUGAAGAUACGAUGUCGUCGUUCUGCAUCGGGCUCCUUAUUUUCGUCCUCGUUCUGUUAUUAAUACUAGUCAUCGCCCUAUAG